AGCUGAUGGUGCUAGGAUUCAUUUCUUUACUCCUCACAUUUGGGCAAAACUAUAUUAUCAGUAUCUGUAUACCCCUGGAACUUGCGGAUACAAUGUUGCCUUGUGCCUAUAAGCCCAAAAACCAUAAAGGAAAUCAAAAACCCGCAGAGGGCAAUGGAGGACAUCACCGCAGGCUCUUAUGGUAUGAGCAUAGAAUGUUAGGAGGAGGUGCGGCUGCUGUUGGAUGUAAGGAGGGAUUUGUGCCUCUGAUAUCUGCUAAUGAUGCUGCGAAGUUUCGACUAACUCAUGAGACGUCAUUUGUAAAAGGACACUCCAGCUUUUGGACUAAAAAUCCCAUUUUGUUUGCCCUUGUUUGCUUCUUGAGGCAGUUCUACAGAACUGUUCGUAAAACUGAUUACUUGGCACUGCGUCAUGGAUUUGUUAGUGUUCACCUAGCACCAGGAAGUAAAUUUGAUUUUCAAAAAUAUAUAAAAAGAUCCUUGGAAGAUGACUUUAAGGUAGUUGUGGGUAUCAGUCCUUUGUUAUGGGCAUCUGCAGUCUUCUUUCUACUUCUUAACGUUGAUAAAUGGGAUUCAAUGGUCUGGUUGUCCUUCCUGCCUCUUAUCGUGAUCUUGUCAGUUGGGAUGAAGCUUCAAGCAGUCAUAACACGGAUGGCUGUUGAAAUUACAGAAAGACAUGCGGUUAUCCAAGGAAUGCCUCUUGUCCAGGUCUCUGAUAAAAACUUUUGGUUUGGCUGGCCGCAGCUCAUCCUGUAUCUCAUCCAUUAUGUUUUGUUUCAGAACGCUUUCGAGAUUACUUAUUUCUUAUGGAUAUGGUAUGAGUUUGGUCUAAGGUCUUGCUUCCACUCAAAUUUUGCCAUGACUAUUGUCAGAGUUUGUCUUGGGGUAGCAGUUCAAUUCAUGUGUUGCUACAUCACACUCCCUUUGUAUGCCCUUGUGACUCAGAUGGGAUCAACUAUGAAGAGAUCGAUAUUUGAUGCGCAAACGUCAAAGGCUCUAACAAAGUGGCGUAAGAAUGCCAAGAAGAAGAAUGAUGGGAAACCAGGACCUGUGCCGACCCAAGUCCUUGGUGGAUCACCAAAACAUAAUGAAAUGGCCGACAUGACUACAGUAGAUCUUCAGGGAGAGGAUCGUCCUGAUCAUGAUCAUCCAUAACCUGUAAAUAUCUGACUUCAGUGGAAGAUAUUGAAGCUCAAGUUUGUAGAGCAGAAGA